GCUACCUCGCCUUUACGUAGUGACGUAAUUUUUGCCUCGUUGGAGGGUGAUUUCAUCGGGAAAAGGACUGCAACACAAAGAGAGAAGAGAUUUCCUAUUUUUUGUGUAUGUCAACGUAUCUUGUUUCGGUAUACGAUCAAAAAGAGAUGUCAGUGAGUGAGGAUAUGGAUAAUGCAGACCUGCUUGGUCUAAUUUUCCCAGAUGAAAACCAUGGAUCCAGUGAUCUGUUCCUCGCAGAGGCGAAUAACUUGCUGGACAAUUUGCUUUCAGAGCAAGAUAUGCUUAGUGGAAUGGAUACAGAGGACUUUCUCAGCAGUCUUCUGGGUGACGACAAGGAUGGUCUGUCUGUCAACUGCCUGUCUCACUCUCCUCACGGCAGUGACAGUGGCAUCUCAGAGGACACCACCCCUCCUCACUGCCAGAGUCCACACGAUGGCAGUGAGAUAGACACCGUCCCCAGUCCAGGCUUCGAUUCCUUGCCGUAUCCCGAGUGUGUGACAGAGAGCUACGAGGCCCAGGUGGUGCAGACAGACCACUGCUACACCCUCCAGCAGGACACUGAUGCUCUGCUGAGUGUCCGCUCAGAGAACCCUGAUUCAGAUGUCUUCAUAGAUGUUGAUGAUUUGGAUGUUGAUAUGACAGAGGACUUCUCCAAUGAGCUGCCCUGCUCACUCACAAUUGAAGAUUCAACACAUAGCUGCAAACUAGACAACCAGUUCCAGUUCAAAGAGAUCGUUUUGACUGAUGAGGAGAGAAGACUUUUGGCAAAAGAAGGCGCUACUAUUCCAGCUCACAUGCCUCUUACAAAGGCAGAGGAGCGGACCCUAAAGAGAGUGAGGAGGAAGAUCCGUAACAAGCAGUCUGCUCAGGAGAGUCGCAAGAAGAAGAAAGUUUAUGUUGAUGGAUUAGAGAACAGGGUUGCGAUCUGCACUGCUCACAACCAGGAAUUACAAAAGAAGGUUGAGAUGCUUCAAAAGCAAAACAUGUCCCUUAUUGAACAGCUAAGAAAACUGCAGGCUUUGGUGAAAAUGUCCACAAUGAAAACCACCACAACCAGCACUUGUAUUAUGGUAUUCCUGCUUUCUUUCUGUUUGAUCAUCUUUCCCUCAGUCAAUCCUUUUGGCAGCAGUGGACAGAAAGAUCUGUAUACGUCAUCAACAGGGAUGUCCCGAGCCCUGCAGUCUUAUCCAGCCUUCGUGAAAGAUGACAUUGUAUCCACGCUUGCUAAAGAAGUGCCAGAUCAGGAUGUCCUUCUGGCCACAGUGGAAAGUAACCAGGUGCUGCUGUCAGGCGGUCAGAACCAUACACCUGACUACCAGCGGGUUGAGCAGUCGGACUCAGAGUCUGGUGUAAACAGCAACUCAUCCUCUGACUUCCCCACUCCUGCCCAAUCAGAUCUCAAAGCAGACGGAGCUCUCUCAGAGUCCCACAGAAGCUCAGCGGCAGCUCCGGUAAUCUACAAUGGGCAGAGCAAAACCAAGGAAAGCUGGAUAGAGCAGAAACCCACAUCAGUUAUUAUACAGCAGCACCGCUCUGAUGAAAUGUAGGAAAGCACAUAAAAGUUCAUCAUCUAAAACAACACUGUUGUUUUAGAUAAAAACAUUAUUAGAGCCAUUUCAGUCUGACCAUUUUGUCAAUUUUUUUUAUAUGGAUCUACUGUUAUACUUUAAUAGCACUUUCAUUGUACCUAGUCAUUUAUUUGGAUGUUAUUGUCCGUUUUAAUCUGCACAAAUUACGAUUCUCUUUCAAUGGAAAGGUGAAGGAAUUUGAUCAUCUUCAACUCUGCAUUGUGUCCAUUUUGAGUUUAGAUACAUUCAGGAAAUGUAUUCGUGUGUCUACCCAAUGUAGGGCAUCUAUUAGAAUAUUAUUUUCCCUUGUAGAAAGGGAGCCAGUUGCUUAGAGAUUCCACUACGGAAUAAAAAUCAGUCAUGGUGAUAUAGCAGUCUGUUUAGAAAAGGGAUAAGCAACUUUUCUUUGUAAAAGCUUGCUUUUUUUGCUCUCAUUGUACAUUUUUUUUUGUAGCUUAAAACACCUUCCAUUAAACUGCUGUAAAUUUUGGCUAAAAUGUAUCUUUUAGAGGGGGUAAAGUGUUGCACAUAUACAGACAAUAAUAAUAUAGUGUUUAUGUGUGUGUAAAUACAAUAUAUAUAAAAGAAAUGUCAUGACAUUCUGUGUCAGAUACACAUUUUAAUGUAAUUUUCAAUGUUGAUAUUUUGUCUCUUAAAAGUUUCUUUUUUGUAGUCUUUUUUUAUUUACCUGUUGAUUGCUUUCAGUCUUUGAUAUCAUAAUAUGAUGCACUGAUGUAUCUGUAAACAUGGAACGUCCAUAAGAUGUUAAUUUCUGUCUUGAUCAUGUUACUGAGCACAUUGAUUAAAAAGGAUCAGUUUACUAUAA